AUGUCGCGCGUUUCAAGAUUGUUGAAAAACAACCAUGCCUGCACUCUGCCCGAGAAGGACACCACCGGGUUGCCGAAACUCCCGCCCAACGCCACCUGGGGCAGCAAAGUUUUCCGGCACAUACGGAAACUCUUCAUCCUGAACCCGAACCACUUCAAAUGCAAGAGCCUGUUCCGCAACAAGUCGGCUGUAAUGGAGGAGAGGAAGAGGCACGCUACCAGUCGCUAUUUCUACGUGAUCCACCCACUGAGCAGGUUCAACAUGUUCCUGGAGGCGACGUUCUUCAUCACGUGGGCCUACGCCAUAGUAUGCGGCAUGCUGACCAUUUGGUUAGGCGGCUUUCUCAUAAUACAAAUCUACGUGAUCUUCCCUAUUCGUGUGUUAUUGAUUCUGCUUUUCUUCAACGUCGGAUACAUCGACAAGAAAACGAAGCAGAUCGUCAUCGAAUCCCGCAAGAUCAUCGUCAAAUACUUAAAGACCUAUUUCGUGUUCGACAUUUUCUCGUGUUAUGUGCUAGAUAUAUUCACUGAUAUAUGGAUAGCCGUGACUGGUAAGUUUCCUCUAGAGUCGCAGGAGAUCUGGCAUGAGGUCAUGUUAAUUAUACGAAUGGCAGCGUCAUGCGUUAGGAUAAACACUUUGUUGAAUUUCUUCAACAACACCCUUUCUGGUCUCAAUUGUAACAAGACCAUGAGGAUCCUCUUGGUUUACCUGAUGAGGACUUACAUCUACGUCCACAUCUUCGCGUUGCUCCUGUUCCUGAUACCGUUCUUUCUGCAUUCGAAGAAUUGGCCGCCUUCUUCGUGGCUGCAUCAGGCCAACAUAAACGUGGAAUCCACGGAUCCUUUCGUCAUAUACUUGGAGGCCUUGAUAUUAUCCAUCUGCUAUUUCUUCGGAGUGGCUUACAAGUACGACAUAACGCUGCUCAACGAACAGAUGGUUCUUGUGUUAGUGUCCUUCAUCGGGAGGUUGUACACCCUUUACCUUCUCGCUGACGUUCUCAGGGUGUUCGGCAUAGCCGGGGUUUCGGAAAGCAUGUACGAGAGGAACAUGUACGUCCUAAACCAGUAUAUGACAGAUAAGGAUCUACCGUCGAAGCUCCAGGCCAGGAUGCUCAAGUACUUCGAGUUUAAGUUCCAGAGGCGAUACUUUAAGGAGAAGGAAAUCAUCAACACCCUUUCCGAUACGUUACGCACGGAACUGUUCCUUUUCUCAGCGAGGAAGCUGAUACAGAAGGUGGAUAUAUUGAAGAGGCUGCCCAACGCUACUGUGGGGGCCAUAAUAGCGUCCAUGAAAUCGGAGACGUACUCGCCGAGGGACGUAAUCCUCAAGCUGGGCUGGGAGACCAACGAGAUCUACUUCAUAUCCACCGGUACAGUGGCCGUGUUGAACAAGCACGGCGUCGAGCUGUGCCACUUGGAGGACGGGGACGAGUUCGGCAUCAGCUGCCUAGUGGCCAGGGAGCAGAUCCACACGAUCGUGGCGGUUGAGACGACGGAGGUGUUUAUCAUAGGGAAGAACCAGCUGAUAGAGUUUCUGGGGCCCUAUCCCGAUUUGCUCAACAGGUUCAUCCGUACCGCUAAGCAGAAGCUGUCUAGUAUGAAGGAUUUGGAGGCUGCUGCCUCUAGGGAGACCGUGGACCUGUUGUCGGAGCUUCAAAGAGGAAACAUCCUCGAGACGCGGAGCAAGAAGAUGGUGGCUUAUUGA